AUGGAUGAAGCCAACUAUGAUCUCUUCGGGCACAACAACCUGAAACUGACCUGGCCCCCUUGUGCUUCUCUAGGACAAGGGAAUAUACACCCCGACAGCACCGUCUAUGUCGACAGCGCCAUAACCCGUCAAGGCGAGGAGGACGAUCAAGGAGACGGUGCCUACUCCGCUGGCCGUGGAGGAGCCGGCAAUAUUGGCCCGCGCGGUGCAAAACCAACCUCUCAAACACCGCACGACGUGGACGUCAUUCCGCCGUUGGCGAUACGACCAAGUAUGGAGGGUGAUUAUCAUGUUGGUCGUGGUGGUCUGGGAAACAUCUCACACGGGUUGGAUCGGAAGAAGGAAACUCUCCAGCCUGAUUUGCCAAGGGUGCAGGAGAGGAAGGAUAUGGACGUUCAGAUUGAUCAUGAUGAUUGUACGGGGUUAGCGGAUAAGCUGAAGUACAAGAUCUUUGGCUGGAGAUAA